UUAGGGUGAAGUUCACACACAGGACACACACCUCACACAUUUAGACAUAUUUAAGCAGCUCCAAAACCCACUUAACAGUUUACUCAACCCUCCACCUCCAGUUGUCCUGGCUGACAAAAUACAAGAGUUACGAAACCAAACAUCUUUCAGUCUGAGCUUCUGAAACAGAAUAUCUUCAUUACCAUGGCAGCUAUGGGAACCCGAGGAACGGUAACCGCUGCGUCUGGCUUCAACCCCGAGGCGGACGCCCAGAAACUGAGGGCGGCCAUGAAGGGAGCCGGGACCGAUGAAAAGGCCAUCAUCCAGGUCCUGGUCCACCGUUCCAUCGCCCAGAGGCAGUUCAUCAAGGAGGCUUUCAAGCAAUUAUUCGGGAAGGACCUGGCAGACGAGCUGCGUUCUGAGCUCUCGGGGAACUUUGAGAAAGUGGUGCUGGGGCUGCUGAUGCUGCUCCCUGUGUAUGAUGCCUACGAGCUGAAAAACGCCGUUAAGGGUGCUGGAACAGACGAAAGGUGUCUCAUUGAAAUCCUUGCUUCCAGGACCUGUGCAGAAAUCCAGGCCAUCAAAGCCACUUACAGCAAAGAGUAUGGCAGGAGUCUGGAGGAUGACAUCUGUGGGGACACUUCUGGAAUGUUCCAGAGGGUUUUGGUUUCUCUGCUCACGGCUGGGCGAGACGAGAGCUCUGUGGUCAAUGAGGUGCAAGCAAUGAAGGACGCCAAGGACAUUUUUGAGGCCGGAGAGGGUCGCUGGGGUACAGACGAGGCUGCUUUCCUGACUGUGCUGUGCGUCAGAAACAGGAAACACCUGCUUCGUGUUUUCGAAGCUUAUAAAAGCAUCUCUGGACGAGACAUUGAGGACAGCAUAAAGAGAGAGAUGUCGGGCAAUUUGGAGGAUAUCUUUCUGGCUAUAGUACAAUGCAUCAAAAACAAGCCUGCAUUUUUUGCGGAGCAGUUGUACAAAUCCAUGAAGGGGAUGGGCACUACGGACAGUAUCCUGAUUAGAAUCAUGGUGUCCCGGGCUGAGAUUGACAUGAUUGACAUCAAGAUGGAGUUUGCCAAGAAGUAUGGCAAGACCCUGCAUUCUUUCAUCAAGGGCGACACAUCAGGGGACUACCGUGCCAUCCUGCUGGAGCUGUGUGGUGGGGAGAAGUAAAGGACCACAGAGCGGACGUGAAAUCAUCGCCGUUCACUUUCCUCCAAAUCAUGUUCUCACGUUUUGCAUCACGCUGGUUAAUGAUGUUGCUUGUCGCACUGUUGAAACCCAAAUAAAGCUGAGAGGAAAA